AUGGCAAGGAACAAGAAGCAGGAGAUUGCGAGCCUCCGGCGAGAGCUGGCGGGUGAAGUCCUGAUGCCACUGAAUCGCCUGGCGGGCGACAGUGGCACUGAUGACGGAGAAAGAAGACAGCAGUUGGUCUGGCAAAACUUCCGCAUCAAGGACUGCACCACUGCCAACGCCAUGGUCCUGGGCACGGAGCAUCCGGAGUUCAUCGAAGGCCACGAGGCGGCGGCCGCCAACACCGUGGAGCUCUUCGAGAUCAUGGAACUCUACCCUGCAGGAGUGGCAGGCGUGUCGUUGGAUCGUUUAGCUCAAGUCCACGGACACUACUUCGGCAGCGGCUUCGAAAAGACGGUGGGUAAAAAGCUGCGGCAGUUUUGCAUCGAGAAGUUCGAAUAUGACGACCGAACACGAAAGGUCAAAGCUUCCCAGAAGGUGCUGAACGCCAUGCGGAAAGUCGAGGCGGCCCGGGGACAAAUCAUUGCCAGAUCAGGAAAUCCAUCGGAUUUGAUUUGGGAAUUGAUCAUCAUUUGCCCAGAUUAA